GAGGUGUCAAAUGAGAUAUGUGGGAGCGGAAAGAACGCACCAAUCACAGCGCGAGACUCGGGAUUGUCACUAAACGGCCUGAUAAGAGUUGUCAGCAAGAACAAGGCAUCCCCUACCCCCCAUCCAACAUGGCCGACCCGAUGGAGAUAGAUGAUUCGUUGUACAGUCGGCAGCGGUAUGUCCUGGGAGACAGAGCCAUGCAGCAGAUGGCUCAGUCCUCUGUAUUCCUGAGUGGAAUGGGGGCUCUGGGCGUGGAAGUGGCUAAGAACAUCGUCCUUGCUGGAGUGAAGACAGUCACGUUGCAUGACAGUAAGCAGUGUGACGUCUGGGAUCUCGGCACAAACUUCUUUAUCCGAGAGGAGGACGUCCAGAGCCGGAAGACAAGGGUGGAGGCCGUGCACUCCCGGGUGGCUGAGUUAAACCCGUACGUUCAGGUCAGCGUCUCGAGUGUGGCCCUGAACAACACGGCUGAUCUCAGCUUCCUGCUUAAGUACCAGUGUGUUGUGCUAACAGAGGCGAGUCUAAGUUUGCAGAAGAGGGUCAACCAUUUCUGUCACCAUCAACAGCCUCCGAUUAAGUUUAUUAGCUGUGAUGUGUUGGGGAUCUGUUCGCGAGUGUUCUGCGAUUUCGGCGAGAGCUUCGAGGUGUCGGACCCGACGGGGGAGGAGCCUAAAGAGCUUUUCAUUCAGAAUAUCAGCCAGGAGAACCCCGGUGUGGUGACGUGCAUGGACGGCCGCAUGCACGGCCUUCAGACAGGACAGAGCGUGUGUUUCCGUGAGAUCAACGGCAUGACCGAGCUCAACGGCGCCACACACCAAAUUACAGUUGUCUCUCCAUACAGUUUUGCGAUCUGCGAUACGUCAUCCUUCCAGCCGUAUCUCCAUGGUGGAAUCUUUCGAACGGUCAAGACUCCCAAAACCUACAACUUUGGAACGAUGGAACAACAGUUACACGACCCACAGCUGCUUAUUCCAGACUUCAGCAAACCCGAGGCACCGCUACAGAUCCACGUCACGAUGAUUGCUCUGGACGUCUUCCAGGAACAACACAACAGACGGCCGAAUAUCGACUGUUCGCAGGACUCGGACCUCUUGCUGAAGAUUACCGAGGAGAUCAACGGGACGCUGAAAAACAAAGUGAGCGUGAACCCGUCCUUAGUGAGGUGUUUGUCACGUUGUGCGAGAGGCUGCCUGUCUCCCCUGGCAGCUGCUGUGGGAGGCAUCGCUAGUCAGGAAGUGCUGAAGGCUCUUACCGGAAAGUUCACACCUCUUCAGCAGUGGUUUUAUCUGGAUGCCUUAGAAGUGGUCCAACCCCUCCAGUCUCUUCCUGUGGAGGAGUUUGCACCUCGGGGAGAUCGAUACGAUGCUUUGAGGGCCUGUAUCGGCGAGUCCUUUUGUCUGGAGUUGCACAAGCUUCGAGUCUUUAUGGUGGGCUGUGGCGCUAUAGGCUGUGAGAUGCUGAAGAAUUUUGCACUGCUCGGGGUGGGGUUGGCCAGAUGCUCAGGGGAGGUUUGCAUCACUGAUCCAGAUCUUAUUGAGAAGUCCAACCUCAACCGCCAAUUUCUCUUCAGACCUCACCAUAUACAGAAGCCGAAAAGCAUCACGGCAGCUGCAGUUACGUUAGAGAUCAAUCCCGAGCUCCACAUAGACGCUAACCUGCACAAGGUGUGUCCUGCCACUGAGGAGACCUUCAGCGACGCUUUCUAUUCACGUCUCAAUCUGGUCAUCACUGCGCUGGACAACGUGGAGGCUCGGAGAUACGUGGACAGCCGGAGCGUGUCCAAUCAGAAAGCGUUACUCGACUCUGGGACCAUGGGGACGAAAGGUCACACAGAGGUCAUUGUGCCAAACCUGACAGAGUCAUAUAACAGCCAUAGAGAUCCACCUGAAGAGGAAAUACCUUUCUGCACUCUAAAGUCUUUUCCUGCUGUCAUUGAGCAUACCAUACAGUGGGCCAGGGACAAGUUUGAAAGUGCCUUCUCUCACAAGCCCUCCAUGUACAACAUGUUCUGGCAGAACCACGUGUCUGCUGUGGAUGUAUUACAGAGGAUGAAAGCCGGGGAGAGCAUGGAUGGAGCGUUUCAAGUCAUUAAGGUGUUAAGUCGCCGCCCCACACGCUGGGAGCACUGCCUGGCUCUCGCUCGGCUCAAAUUUGACAAAUACUUCAAGAGGAAGGCACUUCAACUACUGCACUCAUUUCCACUGGAUACACGACUGAAAGAUGGCACUCUGUUCUGGCAGUCUCCCAAACGACCUCCAUCCCCUAUCGAGUUCAAUCUCAAAGACCAGCUGCACUUUGCUUUCGUGGUCAGCACGGCUCGGCUGUUUGCAGGAAUUUACAACGUUCCAUAUUCAGAAAAGAACCUCAGUUACGAGGCUGUGGAACAUGUUUUGACUGAAGUCGAGAUUCCAGAGUACAAGCCGGCAGAGAAGCGUAUAGAGACCGAUGAAACUGUUAAGAAACCUGAUCGGAUGAAGCUGACAGUGAGCAGCGAGGAGGAACGGGAAGCCAUCUCACAUCUGGAGGAGGCCAUCACAUCUGGCUUUACACCAGAGGGUGUGCGGAUGACUCCUUUGCUUUUUGAGAAGGACGAUGACGCGAACGGUCAUAUGGAUUUUGUGGAGUCGGCGUCAGCUCUGAGAGCCCGCGUGUACUCAAUCGAAGCUGCCGAUCGCCUCCAGACCAAACGCAUCGCCGGAAAAAUCAUCCCUGCUAUUGCCACGGCUACCGCCGCCGUCGCCGGCUUGGUGGCAUUGGAACUGAUUAAAGUCACAGGUGGUUAUGGCUUCGAGUCAUUCAAGAACUGCUUCUUUAACCUGGCCAUCCCCGUCGUGGUCCUCACAGAGACGGCUCGGGUCAAAAGGACGCAGAUCAGAGAUGACAUCUCCUUCUCCAUCUGGGAUCGCUGGUCCAUUGUAGGACAUGAGGACUUCACCCUGUCUGACUUCAUCACUGCUGUCAGGGAAAAGUACGGUAUCGAGCCCACGAUGGUAGUUCAUGGAGUGAAGAUGCUGUAUGUACCCAUCAUGCCUGGACACAGCAAGAGACUCAAACUGACUAUGCAGAAGUUGAUCAAGCCUUCAGCAAACAGGAAGUACGUCGACCUCACCGUGUCUUUCGCCCCAGAGACGGACGGAGACGAGGAUCUGCCUGGCCCUCCUGUUCGCUAUCACUUUAGACACGAGAGUGGCGAGAAGGCCUGACACACACGCGCACACUGAUAUUACACCCUCCCUUACCUACCCCUGUGGACCACUAGUGGAGUAGCACUUGAUCGAUCUGUACAUAGUGAAAUUUUUUUGUUUUGUUUUCUACAGGUUCGUAAUUUUAUUGCAUAGCUACGUCUGUGCCGAUGCCUUAAGAAAUAUUGUGCGUCGAUGAUGGUGGCGGUGAUUUAUUAUAUAUUAUUGAUCUCACAGUCGAGGGAAAACAGUGUUUACACUCCUAACUUAAGGCUAACGAUGGCGCUUAUUUUAUUAGUGCAGACGCACAGAGAGAACGAAGGGGGGGGGAGCUGAAAGAAUCAGUUGCUUCCUAACGCAGAUUGUUCAUGAGCGUUUUCCCGUUCAUCCCAGCUUCAGACCUGCAGACUCACUGUGUGACGUGUAAGCUAUUUAUUUCGACGUCACUCGAGACCAACACACGAUGGACUCCUGUAAACUUCAACAUGCGUAACGAUGAGCUCUGAGUAAAUGUACUGCAGCACCGCGAGCGGUGUCGACGGGAGAAAUCCGUUUCGCUUCUGGGAACUCGGCUCAAGCUUGGACACUCGCUCGGAAUUUCCAGCCUGCUGUGAGUUUCUGAUGUAGCACACGGCCCUGAAAAGGAAGUGAAGAAGAAGUUUGUGUGUGUUUUUUGUUUGUUUGUUUGUUUGUGUUUGUCCUUUGCUUCCUUUAAAGUGGCCUGAUGUUCCUUUGCCCGGAGCUUGUAACCAUGAUGUCCUCCAUAUUCGUGACUAAAAUGUCAAACAUUUCACAACUUAAAAAAAAAACAACAGCAGGUAGUUAAUCGUAGUAUGAUAUUACACAACAUGAAUGACUGGAAUAUUCAUUUGAAGGUCCAUUCAAAAAUAAACUUUUCAACCAUG